AUGAUCUGGACUCUGCUGCUCUCUUGCUGCGCCACUUUCGUGCUGGGCAACGGGACGCGGGACGCGGAGCGUGUGCCUUUCUUCCACGGCCACGUGUUUGAGAACUCGCCGGUGGGCUCGCGCGUGAACGGGCUCAGCAUCCCCGCGCGGCGCGUGGGCGCGGAGCCCGGCGCGCGCCUGCGGCUCCUGGGCGACGGUAGCGAGGCGUUCCGCGCGUUUGCGCACCACAAGCACGGCCACGUGCUGCUGAAGACCGCCGCCGUGCUGGACCGCGAGCGGCGCUCUGGAUACGUGCUGGGGCUCGCGCCGUGCCGUCGUGCCGCCACUGCCUCUGCGGUGGCGUCGGUGCGCGUGGACGUGCUGGACACCAACGACCACGAGCCGACUUUCCGGCACGCGGGCAUCACGCUCGCGCUGGACGACGCGACGGCGCUGCGCUCCGUGGUGCACCGCGUGGCCGCCGAGGACACGGACAGCGGCAAGAACGCGGAGCUCACGUACUUCGCGCUCCCGCGCAACGGCAGCUUCUACGUGGUGCCCAAAACAGGCGACGUGCUGCUCGUGGACUCCAUCCUGGGGCUCGCCACGCCGGUGCGCUUCACUGUGUUCGCGCGCGACCGUGGCUGGCCCUCGCGCACCAGCCCCGGCGUGGAGAUCGAGGUCCGGCCGCGCCAGGCCAGACCGUCGGUCCCCGUGUCCGCGCCCCAGGCUCAGCGCCGCGGGGGCGCGCUGCCGCGGAAAUCUCGCCGCUCCGUGCACGAGCCAGAGCAGCCCUCGCUGGUCAGCGUGUCCGAGGACGCGGCCGUGGGCUCGGUCAUCAUGAGCAUGAGUCCCGCGCGCUUUCAGGCGGCCACUUUCGAGCUGCUCCAGCCCGAGGAUGAGAAGGACCCUCCGGUGGCCGUGAACCGGGACAGCGGCGAGCUAAUCAUCUCUCGGAGUCUGGACCGCGAGAGCGAGCCGCUGGUGGAGGUGACCGUCAGAGUGCAGGACAAGAGAGGUCCAGACUGGUACAUAGUGAGAGUGGAGCUGACCGUCUUGGACGUCAAUGAUAAUGCACCAGAAUGGACUAUGGUGCCCUUCCCUUACCUGGCCGUGGUGUCCCCUAAUGCUCCUCCAGGCUCACUCGUCUACAAACUUCAAGCCAGAGAUGGAGAUGAGGGCAUUAAUGGAGAGGUGGAAUACUUUCUGUCUGAUGGAGGAGAUGGGCGGUUUGACGUGGACAGGAAGACUGGUCAUGUGCGAACCACAGGCCUGCCUCUGCAGAGGGACAGAGAAUAUUUGCUGACUGUUGUGGCUGCUGACCGCCUGGGUAGCCGCAGCCCUCCUGCUAUAGUGUCUGUGGUGGCAGGACCCAGAGCUCCACAGUUCACCAACGCCUCUUACACAAUAUCCAUACCAGAAAACACACCAGAGGGACAACCCUUCCUGGUCACUCCGGCUCUGUCCUUCCAGAAGCAGCCGAUCAGCUACAGCUUGCUGAUCAACCCCAGCAGCCUGUUCAGCAUCCAGCAGGAGACCGGUGAGAUCAGCCUCACGCGCAGCAUCGACUACGAGACCGACCAGCACCGUUACCUGCUGCUGGUGAGGGCCAGUGAGAACAAGGACAGCCUCAGCAGCGCCGCAGAGGUGCGGGUCAUCAUUACAGAUGAGAAUGAUUGUGUCCCAGAGUUCCUGCAGUCCAUUUAUAGCAAAGAUGGCGUCCCUGAGACAGUAACUACAGCAACAUCUCUCCUUCAAGUGUCAGCCAGUGACUGUGACUCGGAGCAGAAUGCUGAUCUCACCUACUACACCCUGAGUUCUGACUUCAUCAUCUCCCCACAUGGCACCAUCUUCCCUGCUGGCCCACUGGACUAUGAGCGGCCCAACCACCUGUAUGAGUUUGUGGUGAUGGCUGUGGAUAAGGGUGAGGUGCCUCGGACAGGAACGGCCACAGUACGCCUGCGGAUGGCCAACGUCAACGAUGAGCCGCCUGAAUUCUCCCAGCCAGUAUAUCGCACUUUCGUCUCGGAAGAUGCCGGACCAAAUACCUUGGUUGCUACGGUGCUGGCCAAAGACCCGGAUGGUGAUGGGAUCACAUACAAGAUCUCAUCAGGAAAUGAAGAAGGCAACUUUGUCAUUGACAGUCAGAAAGGCCUGAUCCGCCUUCGCUCCAGCCCCCCUCCCAAACUGCAAGGGGUGGAGUACAUUUUGAACGUUACGGCUACAGAUGACAAUGCCUCCGGCGGACCCCAGUCUCUUUCGGCCACAGCCCAGGUCAUUGUUGGAGUGGACGAUGUCAACAACAACAAGCCUGUCUUUGAGAAGUGUCAGCAGUAUAAAGAAAGGGCAUCCGUUCCGGAGAAUAAGCCGGCAGGGACGUUCGUGCUGCAGGUGCACGCUGUAGACGCAGAUGAUGGAGCCAAUGGGAAAGUGACAUACGGCUUCAUGCACAAAGACAGCACGGUCCCUGCCUUCAACAUUGAUCCUGAAACAGGUGUGAUUGUGACUGCAAGGAAGUUUGACCGCGAGCGUCAGAGGGAGUAUGCAGUGGCGGUAACAGCCACUGACCAGGCCGCUGACCCUCUCAUCGGCAUCUGCCAGCUCAACAUCCUCAUACUGGAUGAGAAUGACAACAGCCCGAAGUUUGAGAACCUGCGCUAUGAGUACUUCUUGCGAGAGGACACCAUGAUUGGCACCAGUUUCCUGCGAGUGGCCGCGCAUGAUGAUGACUACAGCACCAAUGCUGCCAUCACUUACUCCAUGUCGAAAGAGCAGCCCGAAUACUUGCGGGUCAACCCUGUGACAGGCUGGGUUUACGUCAACCAGCCCAUUUCGCAGAGGACCUACAUUACCAGAGAAAUCAUAGCCACGGAUGGAGGGAACCGGAGCAGCUCGGUGGAGCUGGCCGUCACCAUCACUAAUGUAAAAAACCAGCCGCCUCAGUGGGAGAAGGACAGCUAUGAAGUGGUCAUUCCAGAAAACACCGUCAGAGACACGCCUAUAGUGACAGUCAAAGCCACCUCUCCGCUGGGUGACCCCAGAGUGACCUAUAACCUGGAGGACGGCAUGGUCCCAGAGACGAACAUGCCUGUGCGUUUCUACCUGACGCCCAACCGCGAGGACGGCUCAGCGUCCAUCCUGGUGGCUGAGCCGCUAGACUACGAGACCACCCGCAACUUCAUGCUCAGGGUCCGCGCUCAGAACGUAGCAGCUGUGCCUUUAGCUGCUUUUACCACUGUGUAUGUCAACCUCACAGAUGUGAACGACAACGUCCCGUUCUUCACCUCUUCCAUUUAUGAGGCUUCGGUGACGGAGGGGGCAGAGAUUGGCACUCUAGUUCUCCAAGUGUCAGCCAAUGACCUCGAUCUGGGGUUAAAUGGAAAGAUCUCGUACUCUUUGCUGAAUGACCGCAGUGGAGACUAUCAGUUCUUUCGUAUUGAUCCUGAACUGGGCUCCAUUUACACCGAAGCCGUAUUUGACCGGGAGACGAAAGGAUCAUACCUGCUGGAGGUGAAGUCCAUGGACGGCUGGGAGUCUGCCAGGCCAGGCCGGCACGGGCAGCCCAACUCAGAUACGGCGUACGUGCGGAUUUUCAUCAGCGACGUGAACGAUAACAAGCCGGUCUUUGCGCAGACGGUGUAUGAAGUCGACGUGGAUGAAGACGCAGACGUGGGCUCCACCAUCCUCACCGUCAGCGCUAAUGACGAAGACGAAGGUGCCAACGCUAAGUUGCGCUACCAGAUCACGUCAGGCAACACGGGCGGUGUUUUUGACGUGGAGCCGGAGGUGGGGACCAUUUUCGUCGCCCAGCCGCUGGACUAUGAGCAGACUAAACGCUACAAGCUUCAUGUUCUGGCCUCAGAUGGGAAGUGGGAAGACUACACUGCUGUGGUGGUCAAUGUGGUGAAUAAGAAUGAUGAGGCACCAGUGUUCUCGGUCAAUGAGUACUAUGGCAGCGUGACGGAGGAGCUGGACGGUUCUCCGGUGUUCGUACUGCAGGUAACAGCCUCUGACCCAGAUAAGGAUGCUGACCAGGAAGCCCUACGCUACUCUCUGCAUGGUCAGGGAGCUGAGAGCGAGUUCAUCAUCGACGAGGUGACAGGGAAGAUCUAUGCCCAGAGGACUUUGGAUCGAGAAGCACGGGCGGUCUGGCGUUUUGUGGUCUUAGCCACGGAUGAGGGCGGCGAGGGGCUGACUGGAUUCACAGACGUCAUCAUCAGCGUAUGGGACAUUAAUGACAAUGCACCUGUCUUUGCCUGUGCUCCAGACAGUUGUCAUGGAGAUGUGGCAGAAAAUUCCCCUCCUGGCACAUCUGUAAUGGAGAUGACUGCCACUGACUUGGAUGAUGCGGCCGUAGGACAGAACGCUGUUCUGGCCUAUAGGAUUCUAGGUAAUGCUGCCCUCAAUGGAGGCAACAGUGGAGUGGAUAUGUUCACCAUCAACCCGGCCACAGGAACUGUCUCUGUGGCCAUGGCUGGACUUGACCGGGAACAGACAGAGUCAUAUAUAUUGGUGGUGGAAGCCAGGGAUGGAGGUGGCAUGACUGGAACAGCGACUGCCACCAUCCACGUGAAGGAUGUUAAUGACCAUGCCCCUCGUUUCUUGGACCGUUCUUGUUCAGCAAGGAUACCUGAGAGCAGUGAGCAAAAUGCAGCUGUGCUUGAGCUGGCUGCUGAGGAUGCAGAUGCUGGGGAGAAUGGUCAGUUGACUUUUAGUAUAGUGGCUGGAGAUCCAGAACAGAAGUUCUACAUGGUGAGCCACCGGCAAGAGCAGCGAGGAACCUUGCGCCUCAAGAAGCGUCUGGAUUAUGAAAGGCCAGGGGAGCAGAGGUUCAAUCUGACCAUUAAAGUGGAGGACCUGGACUACUCCAGCUUGCUACACUGCACCUUAGAGAUAGAAGACUGCAAUGACCAUGCUCCAGUCUUCAUCCCUCACUUCCUGCAGCUCCCAGCCCUCAGAGAGGAUGUCCCAGUUGGCACCAGUGUGGCCAUGGUGGCCGCAAGUGACUCAGACUCAGGAUUGAACCGGGAGAUUACCUAUAGCAUAGCUGCAGAAUCUGACCCACACAGCUUGUUCUCGGUGGAUCAGAGUGGCCUGGUCACUGUGGCUAGUCAGCUGGACCGGGAGAAGGCCGCCCAGCAUCACCUGGUCAUCCUAGCAACUGAUCACGGAACUCCACCACUGACUGGCACCGCCACUAUCCAGUUGUCCCUGCUGGACGUGAAUGACAAUGGACCAGAGUUUGAGGCCGCCUACUCUCCAGUGGUCUGGGAGAAUGUUCCAGGACCUCAGGUGGUCCGGCUCAACACAAGCUCCACAUUACUCAGAGCGAUUGACCGAGACUCUGUGGAGAACGGGUCACCAUUCACUUUCUCUGUCCCUCUUGAGUACCGUUACAGCAGUGACUUUCACUUGCAGGAUAAUGAAAAUGACACUGCCACCAUUAUGGCACUCAGGGCCUUUGACCGGGAGAGACAGAAGGAGUUCCUGCUGCCGGUCAUCAUGACAGAUAGUGGAAAACCACCCAAAACAGUUACCAGCACGCUCACCAUCACCAUUGGUGACAAGAAUGACCAUGCACACCUUGCUGGAGAGAAGAAAAUAUACAUCAACAGUCACAGAGGCAGGAUGCCAACGACUGUGUUAGGAAAAGUCUACGCUCCUGAUCCUGAUGACUGGGACAACAAAACAUACGCCUUUGAGGGACAUGUUCCUAAUUACUUCAUCCUAAACAAGCGGACAGGUUUUCUGGUCAUAAAGGAGAGCGCUCCACCUGGGACCUACGAGUUCCAGGUGCGCGUGUCAGAUGGGGAAUGGCCAGAUGUUGUGUCUAGUGUGAUUGUGAAAGUACGAGAGCUACGUGACGACGUCAUCUAUAACUCUGCCUCCCUUCGUCUCGCAGACAUCACUGCUAAGGAGUUCAUGGAGCGGCGAGGGGGCUUAAGGAGCAGAUACGAGCUUCUGGGGGACUUCCUGUCUGAGAUGCUCUCCGUAGGCCCAGACGACAUUAACAUCUUCAGCCUCAUGGAAGUACGGGACAGAAUUGUGGAUGUGCGCUUCUCCGUGCACAGUUCCCCCUUCUUGCGCGCCGAGAGGCUGCAUGGGUACCUUGCCGCGCAUAAACAGAAGCUGCAGUCCUUCCUGCAGGUGAACGUUACGCAGGUGCAUAUAGAUGAGUGUGCAGCUGCAGACUGCGGGGGAGGGGGCGGCUGCACUACCCGUCUGAGUGUGAGUGACCGGCCCACGGUCGUGGACUCGGGCAGCAUGGCCUUAGUGUCAGUGACCCUGGAGGCCACCGCUGUGUGCAGCUGCGCCGCCAGAGAGCAUCUCCACCAGGGAUGCUCCACCUACCCCUGGAACCCCUGCCACAACGGAGGAGUGUGUAUGGACACCCAGAGCGGAUACAGAUGUCAGUGCCCAGCUCAGUUCGAGGGACCUGAAUGCCAACAGACCAAGCACAGUUUCCAUGGCAACGGCUAUGCUUGGUUUCCCCCAAUAAGACCGUGUUUUGAGAGCCACCUCUCGCUGGAGUUCAUCACAGAGGUGGCAGAUGGCCUGCUGCUCUACAGUGGACCCCUGGCCCAGCUGCAGCCCUGGGAGCCUGAGGACUUCAUGGCUAUAGAGCUGAUCGACGGUACUCCCACCCUGAAGAUAAACCACGGCUCGGGCACUCUGGUCCUGCAGUUGCCGGGCAACGUGAAUGUGGCGGACAGACGGUGGCACAGACUGGACGUGAGGAGCAACAGCAAGGAUGUACGUUUCACCCUGGAUCGCUGUGCAGGAGCCACAGUUAUGGAAAUGGAAGGCGUGGGCAGCUGGCUGACCACUGAGGACCACACGUCCUGUGAGGUGACUGGGGUCACGCCAAAUCUGGAUAGGCAUUUGAAUGUGACCCAGGUGCUCCAGCUGGGAGGGGUCAACGAGAACCUGCCCUACAUCUACCCCCAGCUCCAGCACAAGCACUUCACCGGCUGCAUCCGCAACCUCGUCGUAGACAGCAAGCUGUACGAUCUGGGCUCUCCAGCUGAUUCCUUCAGCAGUAGCCCUGGCUGCUUGAUGACGGACAGCAGCUGCAUGAACAUGGGCUUUCCCUCUUGCGGCACCAGGGGCCGUUGCCACGGUGAAUGGGGCUCCUUCAGCUGCCAGUGCAUGGCCGGGUACAGCGGGCAUCAGUGUGAACAGGAGGUACCGGAGUAUUCUUUUGACGGUCGGAGUCAUGUGCAGUACCAGCUCUCCGGCCCACUCCCAGCCAGACACAUGCAGGUCCAGGUUCUGAUCCGAACCCGAAAACACAGCAGCUCCAUCCUCAGCCUGCUGUCAGCCCAACAGAGCGAAUACCUCAGACUGGAGAUCUUUCAGGGUUUGUUAGCUGUCUUCUAUAACCUUGGUGAUGGAGACUUCAACCUGACCAUGCCCUCUCAUCGCCUGGAUAAUGGCGAGUGGCAUGAAGUGUACCUUGAUCGCCAUGACAACGAGAUGACCCUGCGGGUGGACGGUGGUGGUGGGCGACGGGAGGUCAUAGGCUCACCGGGGCGGAGCCGUGAGAUCGUCAUUGACCCUUCCGUGGUCAUGCUGGGAAAUUCUUUCCCCACUGGACACAAUAAGAGCUUUCAAGGCUGUAUGAGGGACCUGAGGCUGAAUGGCCGCUAUGUGCCACUGGACGGUCAGCCUAAAGAGGGCGUGUCAGUGUUCAGCUCUCAGGGAGUCACUCUGGGCUGCUCUUCAGAUUCCUGCAGGAGGAACCAGUGCACUCCUCCAUUCACCUGCGUCGACCUGUGGAGGAUCCAUGAGUGCAGGUGUCCUCCGGGUCACAUGGUGAAGGCCAACGCCACAGGCAAGUUCUGUGUGUACACGCUAUGUGCCAGCCGCCCGUGCCACAGGGGCACUUGCGUGGCCCAAUCGCCCUCCAAAUUCACGUGCCACUGCCCGGAGGGCUACCGCGGCCGGCACUGCGAGGUCACGCUGGCCAUCUACCGCGACGACGUGGGCCUCAGCUUCAGCUCGCUGUUUGCCAUAUGCAUCUGCUUCAUGGCGCUGCUAGUUCUCCUGCUGGGGAUUUUCCUGUACACACGCUGGCGGAGCUACAAGGGCCUAAAGGAGGGGGUGUACCACGUCUCCGCUCACCACGAUGGCUGGGAGGACAUCCGGGAGAAUGUGCUCAACUACGACGAAGAAGGAGGUGGAGAGGAGGACCAGAAUGCCUACGACAUGGCGGAACUCCAAAAGUCUCUGCAGCCCAGCCCGGCCCAGUCUGUGCAGUACGGCCGCUCGCGGGCUCUUCAUCAUCACCCUCCGGCUCAGCAGCAGCAGCAGCACCACCACCUCCACCAGUCGGAUCCCCCAUCCCGGGCCUUGACUGCGACCAGCUCCUCGUCCAUGUCAUCCAGCACCACUACCACCACCACCCUGCGUCGGGACGUCCCACCAACCCGUACCCCGGCCCAGGGUCAGUGCGCCGGUCCCGGGACCAGCCGGGCUGCCCAGCUGUCCCGCAAGAGCCUGUCCUUCUCUAGCCAGGACCUGGCACGCUACCUGUGUGAGAUCAUCCGGGACGCCGACCAGCACCCGGAGACAGCACCCUUCGACUCCCUCCAAGUUUUCUCCACGGAGGGUGGAGGGUCACUGGCCGGUUCACUGAGCUCCUUCAGCUCGUCCGGCCUGGAGGACAGCACUACCACCAGCACCCAUGACUGUCUGAAGGAAUGGGGGCCGCGCUUCGAAAAGCUCAAAGCACUUUACGAGAGGGCAGAGGCUAGUGACCUCUGAAGGAAUGGAGGGGAACUGCUCUCUUCACAGCAAGAAAAACCUUGAAGGACUUUUUCUGGAAAACUUGAGCCUCAAGGACAGAUCCGGAAUCAAAUUUAUAAAAACCAGAGAGGGGCCUGCUUUGCUUUCUGUCCUUGUCUGGGAUUGUGAAUCUUUACAAAACGUUUCUCCCGAGGACUGAAGGAUAAGAGACAGGCUGGCAUAGCUGGCGACUAUCAAUGAGCUGCAAAUGGGAAGUGCCAGUCAAAAAGAAACGAGCAUUUGUACAUGGCACUUCUGGAUUCUGCGGAAACCUUCACAGCAUUGACUUGUGGAUGACAAUGAUGGGAAUGGAAGCCGUUCGUUAGCUUUGUGACUUGUUGGAGGAGGAGGGCCGUCCUUGUUCUUUCCUGAUAUGCUGUCCUGUAUGUCUGUAUUCUGUAAGUGUUUUUGAUUGAAAGGGGAACGUGCUUGGACGUCCGGGAUGGGAAGGGUUUUUCUGUGGCCUUCGCUGGUUUGCUUUUCUAAAUCUGUUUGCUACCUGUGCUGUCUCAAGUGGCCCACUGUGUUCAUCAGUUACACCUCCGAACUCAGUUGCAGCUGAUUGUUCUUUUUAUUCACACCACUCUCUUCAUAAAUUUUCACAUGGAUAAAUGGGAGGAAGGAGUGACUGUGAAAAAAAAUGAGAGGACGUGUUAGAAGCACUAAAGAAAACGAGGCAGAGAGCGGCCUUAUUGUUCAGCCUUUACCAAGACGUUCCUUGGGAAUACAAAUCGUGUCCCCCUCUCUCUUUCUCUCCAGCCCAAAAAGGGAGAGACGGACUAGUUGGAAUACAAAUGUGUCUGGGACACACGAGGCGGAAGGCCAAGGUGGAGCAGUCUGAAGGACACUAUAGAGGCUCUCUGCAAUCGAGUAGUCCAUUGCAGAGCUUUCUAAGUCAAUGGUAUAUAUGGCACACAUUCAGACUGGGUGAGACUAAGCUAAAGUAAUGAAAGAACGGGAAUGUGCAUGUAGUUUGUUUGUACGAGAUCCAAUCAAGUUACUGAGCAGCGCUAGGCCGUAUUUGAGUACAGGCGUUGGUCACUGUGGUUGGAGCUUAGUGCCGAGGUUCCACUCCAUUUUGCUCCCUUUAGAGAGCAUUAUGUCCUUAACAAAACCCGCUUACUCUACCGCAGAGCACCAUGGCAUUUCUUCUGCUGCCAAAAAAAGAGAAGAAAAAGAAUUUGAAAGCGAGCGUUUUUCCCCUCCAAUCGCAUUACGCGCCCCUGCCGAGAAACCUGAUGAACCUCAGCGGCGAGGUGAAUUCAGGCCAGAACAUUCGGAAGUCAGUGUAUGUAUUGAACCCUUGGUCCCUGACACUAAAGCACCUCAACAUGUCCCAUUUUAAUGGGCUCGCGUGGCAUCGGCAUGAAGCAGCACGGGGCGAGGGGGCCACAAAGGUUCUCCGUGCCGCUUUCUCCCUCGCUUCAAAUGGAAUACAGAACAGUGAUGUGGCCUCCCCCUGCGAGGCCUCAAACGCCAACCUUGUAUGCUAUGCAUUCCGAGGUAGUGUUUGUGCCCCCUCCCUCCAUCGUUUCUUAUUUUCAGUGGUUUUUGUUGCACGGUGCCGUAUGUGGAGCGUGACAGUCCAGCUGCAGAGAGUAGGAGUGCGUUAAAAGACAUCAGAGAGCUAAUCCUAAUGUGAACUGAUUGCUCGCUGUCAUGCUGUGAACCAAAGGAUCAUGGGAGUUGGAGAAGUCGACAGAAGAGUCGUCACUCUUAUUACGGAUCUCAAAAGUGCCAAUUUUUCCAAAGGCAGCAACACGAGUAUAAAAUAAGCUUUUCAAGUUGAGGCUAGGAAAUGGUUCUGCUAGCGCUGUGCUCGCUAUUUCACGCACAAGAUAAAGGAUCCAAGAGGAUUGGAGUUCCGAUUUAUCCUCGUAACGCGAUUGAAAAGGAUAAAUAGUAAACAGAAGGGAAAAUAGUGAUCAAUGAGAGACAUAAAGGGGUCUGUUUCCAAUUCCCAGGGGUUCCUAUCAUGCCAGGCAGACCAGUGCCACCUUCAUUUCAAAUGAAAGGCCCACUUUUUAAUUUGUGUGAUGAAUAUAUAGUACUGCAUAUUGUGAAAUAAUGUUUUUACCUCAUUUGUACAUAUUGAACAGAAGUUAUGCUUUUCAGAAUGAAAUAUCAGAUCCCUUUUGAGAAAUAUCGAACUCUGCUUCUGCCGUUGAACGUGAGCUUCUUUUUCCCCUCUUUUCUUUUUUCUUUUGCCAUAUUCCUUUCGGUCGGUGAAAAUAUCUUGUUGUUUUGUAUUUGCAUCAUUUGACAUGUUUGCUUUAUUUUCUUUCUCAAUGAAUAAAAAGUUAUUUACUACUA